CUUUUCAUUCAAAAACAGCGCGCGCGUUGCAUUCGGGUAAUAGUGCACGGAUUUAUCUUUAAUGUUUGGCAGUACUUGGCUUUAAAGGAGUUAGUAUGAACAGCAAGUGUCUUGUUUUCAUGUUGUAGGUGUCUGCUACAUACGUCAACAUGAAGUGUUUGAAAGUGGACGAAUAUAUCAAGCGGACCGCUUCUGUUAAAGAGACGGAGCUUUUAUACCAGGAAUUGGAGACGCAUAUCCUGAGUAAACCUGGACUCCAGGGACGCACGCUGUGUGACAGGGUUAUCAGAGCCUGUAACCAUCACCUUGGAGUUGGAUCUUGUCCCCUGGGUCACAUCAAGGCCUUAGUGAAUCUGGUGGAGCUUUCUCUUCGUGGUUAUGAUGUUUCUGCAGAGCUCGUGGCUCAGACCAGUCCGUUUUACAUGGAAAAGAUCAUUUUCCAUAUUGUGAAGAAGCUAAGUUCUCUAGAGGUUCACACUCUUUGUAGCCAAGUGGCAGGGUUGCUUUAUAAAAGGCUCUCCACAGCACAGCAGGCUCAAGAUGAUUUCCAUGUUCUUGUGCGAAGCUGCUUCUCUGUUCUGUGGACUGGACUGUCUGCUUCCAAAGACAAAAAAAUACUCAAUCCACAGGACAAACUUCAUUGCCAGUUUCAAGCUUUGAGCUUCCUGUUGUUGGACACAGAAAAGGCAGUUCCCACCUCUAAAGCUCUGAUGUACACAUAUGAUGCCAUCACCGAGUUUGAAGAUGGAUGUGGGACAGUGACACCAGAUGAUGCUUCUUUUCUCCUCCAGGAAGUGCAGACACUUUUUAACACAUGUUUUUCAAGUGUGCAGAAUUGUGAACAGGGUACUUUCAGGCAGCCUAUGGAAGCAUCAAGUUUUUAUGUGUUUUCUGAGAUGGCGCUGCUCGCUGUGAAGGCCCUCUGUAAGGCAAGCCACCACGGUCUAGCCUCCACCCUCUUGGAUGAAACUGAGAAGAUGAUUUUCGACCGUGUUGGCUCAAAGUGCAUGCCUCUGGUGUUGGCCACAUGGGGAAUAAAGAUUCAUUCAGCGUUGACGGCCGGUAAAGAGUGCAGCCGAGUCUUGAUGGAGUGUGCCAGGGUUUUGAGGUCUCUCUCAGCUGACCUGGGUAAAGGGGAGGGUCAGGCAGCUCUUGAAGGUGGUAAUCUAGUGAUAUGGGCUGUUGAAAGUGGACACAGUAAAGGAUUAAGUGGACCAGAACUUCUGGCGCUGUUUUCAUUCCUUGAGGAGUAUCAAGAAUGGAUAAUGAAAAUGCAAAAAAAGAGUUUGAUGUGCCAGGCUGAGAGCAGCAGGCUGCAGCAGGUCCUUUGUGUCAGUAUUUACCAAGGAUUCCUAUUUGCUUAUGAGAGCAUGCUUGCAUCACAGCUGGAGGACAGGGACACGCUGGACAGAGUCCUCCUCUACUGCCAGUCCACGGCUGGGCUACUGAUGACAGAACUUCACAAGGCGCCCAAUGAAAACCUUUUGAACAAAACCGUGACUGCUGUGAGCAACGUGGCUUGUGGUCUUUACAACCGGCGUCUGUAUGAGCAGGCCUUCUCUCUGGUGGAAAUCCUUUGCAGAAGUUUAUGCAAGAAUCAUCCUGUCUCACUUACUGCUGAUAGACUGAGUCGACCAUUCAUGCUGGCCGUGCAAACCUCGCGACGAGCCGAAGCGCUGGAUCGAGCCCUGAAGUGGGUGAUCCUGUGGCUGAAAGCCCUUGGAGACCAGAUGAUGGCUCACAUGGCUGAACCGGUCUCUCUGUGGGUUAAAACAAAAAGUGAUGCUGCCCGUAAUGAUGAUGAGGACAUAAGACUCAGGACAUUACGGGAUGGUUUUGGUCCUGACGUUCCUGAAGAGAAAUUCAUGCUUUGCCUUUUGGAAGAAGAGUUGCGUGCGUAUAAGGAGUUGGCGAGAGACACGACCCAAGAGCGCUACAACACUUUGUGUGACCUGUUGGACAUCUGCCACGCAGAGAGUUCCCACACUCAUCUACGGGCUGUCUACCUCUGUGAAAUGGCCCAAGUGGUCUGUUUUCAGGACUUCAGGGAGCAAACUGACUGCAUGGCCGUUGAUUUUACCCAUGAAGCUUUGCGGCUUCUUGAAGAAGAACCUGAGGUGUUGGAGAAUGCUGACAAGCUGAAGGAUGACAAAGCUCAUGCUUUACUUUGGCUUUACAUCUGCACACUGGAGCAGAAACUCCAGGAGGCUAUUGAAAAUGACAGAAAACGAAGAGAGCUGCAUGAGAAGACAUCGUGUGUGUCAAAUCUAGUUGGCAAUAAUGAUUUUGAUUAUGAAGACAAGCAGAAGACGCAGGACAGUCUGGUUUAUGAAGGGCUUCAGUUCAACAUGGCUGCUGAAGAUAAGGCAUGUCUGCCGUUGGAGAGGGCUCUGAAUGAAUGGACUUCACUUUUUACAAAUGGAUCCCUGGCUGCUGUCAGGAACGCCAAGCAGACCUGUAGCUCCGUCUCUACGGCUGCAGCUCUCUUCAGACUCAUGGGGAAGCCCCUAAAGGCUUUGGAAGCUUACCAGCUUGGGGUUAAAUUUUCCCGUGAACUCGCCGAUGUUCGGAGUUGUGCUAGCGCUCUCUGUCAGUCAGCCAACAUCCUCCUGGAUUUGGGCAGUCCUGAACUGGCUCUGGCUCAGAUAGAGGCGGCAGAGCAGAUCCUGACUUCAGAUGCAUCAGACGACGAACCUUCGUCUCUCUCAAUGAUGCUUGUUUUAUUAAAAGCUCAGUACUACUUCAGCACAGGACAGGUUGACCAUGGAGUUCCUCAUCUCUGCGAGGUGCUUAAAGUUAGUGAGCAAAGACAGUCAAAGAGCUGGUAUCUGCUACGCGCUCGGACACUCCAGGCCUGCAGCUGCUACCUGAAUCUAGACGUGGCUCUGCUGCCCAAAACCAAACGAAGCCUAAUCACACAGCAUGGUAUAAAUACUCCAGAUUCUGCUCUUUAUGAGAGUUUGAAGCUUCUCUGCAGCUUACUGGUCACGUUGGUGGGAAAAGGCCUUUAUGGGACUCAAGGCAGCAACUCAGACAUGCGCUUCGUCCAUCAAGGAGAUAACCUGAUGCUGAAAUGGCAGCUGCUCUCAGAGCUGCUGAACUGCGCCAAGAAGAUGGUGGCUGUGCGGAGCAGCUGCGGCGCUAUAAACGACGCAAGACUCCAGUGCCUAGAAGCCUUAAAGUUGGCCAUCAAGCUCCAAACACUCAGCCAAUGUGCAGAAUUGCUGGUGAUGAAAGCAGAAUUGGAGCUGAUGCACGGGGAGAGAGAGGAGAGUAAAAGUGACUUGAACAUUGUCCGAAAUCUUCUGGAGUCCUGCACAGAUUUUUCUGCUCAGGUUCAGAGGACUGAUGUGAAAAUCAAGCCGAGAAAAGGUUGUCCAGUGCAGAGAGCCCGUUCCCCUCCUCCCACCCUGGAUGAUGAUCUGAAGGAGAUCCUGAGCACCAGGUGGAUAACCAAAGAAGCUGUGAUGGAGGAUGUGGCCAACUCUCCUCCACUCAAAGCUCUGCCUCUCCACUCGCUCUCUUCUCUGACUCAUGAGCCCAGCUGUGCGUUUCCUUGCUGCUCUGAGCCCAGUUUGGCUCGAGUCACUGCUCGCUGGGCAGCCACACAGGCUGAUCUGGUUCUUCAGUUGGAUCCUAGCGACCUCAGCGCCUCUUCCAAACUUUACCGAGCGACUUUAAUCCGUUGCAAUUGCGUUACCUUGCGACUUAAAGAACAAUUAGCCAAACUCUUCCCUCCCUGUAUUUCUGCUGGAGAGGUCUCCAAACCCUCCCUGAUGCAGGACAUGGUGGCUCGUGUGUACUUGAGCAUGGCUGUGACCGGGCUGCAAACAAAGCCCAAAAAGAUCAGUGGUCUAUGGAAGACUCUAGAAGCAGGUUUAGUAUUUGUAGACUCCACCACCUCUCCUGUGCUAAGGCCUUUUAAAGCAGGCCUAAUGGCAACCAAAGCUAUUGCAUCACUAAUGAUUCUGGCUUCAAAAGAAGGCUGCAGCCCAAUGGAGCUCUUUUCAGACGCCUGGAGCUGGAAUGCACCAAAAGAGUUCAUCACUGAUCAAAAGUCAGUCCCUCCCUCUUCUGUGCUCAAAAAAACUACUAAAAACUCUAAUCCCGACCGAAAAAAGGAGAAAAAGAGAGUUAAAGCUGUGAAACCUAAAAUUUACAUAACGAGCACCUCAACCAAAGAAAAGAGUCUGGUUCCCAUGACACCAAUAACAACAAAGUCUCCUCGUGGAGAUCUCGGCACGUUUGACUUUAACACCAUCGUGCCCACUUUGGCCUUCACCCCAGUUCAGAAGGUGAAGUGCCCUGCUUCGGUACAGAAAGCAUCAAGGACUGCCUCUAAGCUUCAGUUCAACGUGUAUGAAGAGUUAUCACCAGAUCAGUAUAAAGGCCAGCCCGUGCCUGCAGCUCCUAAACGGCCCAAUAAGUCACGUUUCAAGGUGGAGUUCAGUGAUGAAAGUGAUUUGGAGCCUUCGUCUCAAGCAGAGCUCAAAGUAAAAGCAGAUGCUACUAAAAAGCAACCGUCAAGGAGAGGUGGGCGUGGUGCCAAAGCGGCUGCAGAUCCACCUGCAGAAAAGAUCCCUCUAAAGAGGCAAACCAAGGGGAGGAAGAACACCUCAGGACCACCUGCUUCUUCAUCUGAGGAUGAUCAGACUUUGCCCCGGCAGCCUACCUCCACCAGAAGACCGAGAACUAGGAAGCAACAAGCUGAAGAACCCCUUGAGGAGCCGGACACCAUGAGGACCAUUGUGGAGGAGACGAAUGAAGUUCUGGACAUAAGUACUGAGCAGCUCAGGACAUCAGACACUGAAGCCGAGGAUUAUUCUGCUUCAAGUAAAGAUAUGAACGUCGACUUUGAGGUGCUGAGGCGUGAUUUGUGCUGUGAUUUGGAGAGAGGCAAGCCAUUUUCUCCGAGGAGCAAAGAUCAUCAGACAGAAGAUCGGACUCUCAUUUCUCGUUCAGACAACAAGCUGGGUGACCUUUCACCAGAGGACAUUCGGUCUUUGCUCUGCUCAGCCUUGCUGACUCUUCAGCACUUCCCCUGUCCCACCACCUACCCACUCCUAUGUGGCCUUCUAGCCCUGACCAUGGGACAGCGGAACCCAACAGGUACAGCCAUGCUACACGCCGAGUCACUGGGAGUCACGAGUCGUCAUCGCACCAUCCGACACUUGGGCAGUUCCCUCCUAAAGCUAAAAAAGGCAUCCAGUGACCUGUCAGACCAACUGGAGUCUCUGAGUCUGUGCUGGUCCAGUAGAGAUGUGUCUGCUGGUUCUACUGAACAGAGGUUGUCUCAGAUGGAGAACAUGUUUUCCUUCCCCAUGUCAGAUCCUACCUCUUUCCCCCAGAACCAGUCUCAGGAGUUCAUGCAGAAAAUUCAGCACCUUCCUCCAGGGGUGACGGUGUGUUUGAUGUCUGUGCUCGGAGUGAAACCAGGAGAAAUGGGGGAAAGUAUAAUCCUUUCACGGCUUGGAAAGGAUUCUCCUCCCAUCACUGUUCAUAUCUCCACAUGUAGACAGCAGCUCAACAUCAGACGUCUGGUGCAGGAGAUGGAGAACAUCCUGGUGGAGCAAAAGGUUGUGAGCUGCGUUGCUGAAAAAGCAAAGUGGUGGGAGGGUCGACGAGCUCUUGAUGCUCGAGUUGAGCAACUGUUGAGAGAAAUGGAGGAGUCACUUGGCUGCUGGAAGAGUUUUCUUUUACCCCUGUCGGAGGAUCCUGAGCUCUCCCUGGAGGCCCAGGAACUCUGCAAGGCCUUUUCCUCAAGAAGAGUCACAGUGAAUGAGCAGAUGCUGAAGGUCAUCUUGUCAGCAUCUCACGAGCUUUCUAGUGAAGACCUGCGAGCAUUUGCACGAGGCUCCUCUCCACACUGGGACGUUGACUGCGAUCAGAUUCUUCGUGUAGCAAAAUCCAAAUUCUCAGGGAGAAAUGAGACCCGGGGUCAUUUGGUUUUAAUUUUGGACAAGUACCUCCAAAAGCUGCCGUGGGAGAGCAUGGCUGUGUUGAAGUCUCACUCUGUGAGCCGAAUGCCUUCAUGGCACUCGGUCCUCGGACUGAGCUUUCAGAAAGAGAUGGACUCCCAGUCCAUACUGAGACACGGUGUAGACACGAGCAACGUGUUUUAUGUGCUGGACCCCGACGCCAACCUAAAAAACGCUCAGGAUCGAUUCAAGGAGUGGUUCUGCAGUAAACCAGACUGGGAAGGUGUGUGUGGAGUGGCUCCGGACCCAGGUCAGCUAGAAGGAGCUGUGGCAACCAAAGAUUUAUACAUCUAUGUGGGACAUGGAGCCGGAGCGAGAUUCCUGGACGGCCAGUCGGUCCUGAAACGGCAGAUGAGAGCUGCCUCGCUGCUCUUCGGCUGCAGCAGCGCCGCUCUGGCUGUGAGAGGCAAUCAGGAGGGACAAGGCAUCAUCCUCAACUACCUCAUAGCAGGAUGCCCCUUUAUUUUGGGCAACUUGUGGGACGUGACCGACCGGGACAUUGAUCGUUUUACUAAAGCCCUGCUGGAGUCCUGGUUAUCAGCUGGGCCUGGAGCAGCUCUCCUGGACCACAUGAGUUCAUCACGCCAGGCCACACACCUGAAAUACCUCAUUGGAGCGGCACCCGUCACCUACGGCCUACCUGUUCACCUGCUCUAGAACAGGAAGUACUCGACUCCACAGCAACAAGCGCCUGAGACGGCCUUAGUUUUGUGGAAGUUUAAUUUUGGCAUGUUGACAUUUUUUCACGUAAACCGGCUUUUCCUUUUUAGUUUUUUUAUCAAAGUAUUGUACAUUUUCAUUGCCUCAUAUUUUGGACUAAUGUGUUUAAUGUUUGGAAAUAAUUCUAAGGCAAAGCCUGAGAAAUGUUUGUAUUGAGAGAAUUGGUGUGAAACACGUUGCUAUUUUCUGAGUGAAGAUGUUUACUUAAAAGGUUAACACCUUUUAUUCACACUUAGAUUCAAGUUUAGGUAUCUUGUGUUUUUAACAGGAUGUAUUUUCCCAGGUCUGAUUACUUUUGUCAGGCUUCAGAAAUAUUUCUGUAAGAAUUUCUAUUUUUAUGAUUGAAUUAGCUGGAAUGCGUCGAUUUUUAAAUUUCAACACCAUAAGAGAGAAUAAAGACGUUAAUAUAGA